CCCCCCUCCAUCCCACUUGCAGCCUUUCUCCCCGGCUCUCGCUUUUGUAUUACUCAUCUGACGCAACCACCUACCGAGUACGCCCUCCGACCAGCGAGCUGUCUUCGACCAUCGCAGGACACAGACAACAGGAGUUACAAGAUCCAACGGCCCGGCUGCACACACUUGUCAACGACCUCAUUCCUCCUAGGACAUCCUCCUUCCUGUCCACCACCAUGUCCGACUUCCCAGCACGUCGCGGUGUAAACGUCUCCCAGUACAUCGCCCAACUGAACACGGUACCCUCAGCCGACGACACGUUCGACUCUCCACCCAACUUCGAAGAGGACCUGGCCCUCUUUACCAACUCCGAGUUUGUCAACUGGGACGGCGGUGACAAUUUCGACGUAGCCCCAGCACCGGCCCAAGGCUUCAACAUGAAUACUUUCGACCAGCCUGCGGGCACCGACACGCAGCUCAACCUCAACUUCAAUGGCAGCUUCGAUUUCGACUUCACCAGCUUCCAGCAUCCCAUCGUGGACCAGCAACCCAUGCCCUCAUUGCAGCACCCCCAACCUCAAGCCUACCCCAUUCCACCCAACUUCACCACCUCCCCCACCAGCGGCAACGGUUCUCCCAUAUCGCCCGGCUUCUCCGACGCCGGGAAGAAGCGCAAACACAGCCACAUUGUCGAACCUCAGCAACCUCCGUCUCAACACUCCAUUGACGAGGCCGCGCGCCUGGCUGCAGAGGAAGACAAACGUCGCCGCAACACGGCCGCCAGUGCGAGGUUCCGCAUCAAAAAAAAGCAACGCGAGCAGCAGCUGGAGAAGACGGCCAAGGAGAUGAGUGAGCGGGUCAGCGUGCUCGAGACAAGGAUUCAGCAGCUCGAGACGGAGAAUGCGUGGUUGAAGGGGCUGAUCACCGAGAAGAAUGGCGGCAAGGCGUCGGGUGCGGAUGUCGCGGCUAUGCUGAAGAAACAUGAGGAGAGUGCUUCCGGCGACCGGAUAAGCAGCAACCGCAACGAUGGGGUCGGCACCAAGACCGAGGGUUCCAAGGCCUAGGCCCAAAUCAUCAGUUUCCUCUCUCUCCUGUUCACCUUUUUUGGUUCCUGGUUUCUCAGUGGUCGGUUUGAUAUUCAGCGUUCCAGCAGUUGAGCGGGUCAGCGGGUCAGCCGUGCUGCAAGCAAGAAGUUCGAGUCCGGGUGUGGUGGUACAAGGCGAGCAAUGGUAUCGCGAUAUACAGGUGCCGGCGGGCGCGCUAUGCGUACAUAGAUGACGUACACGACUGGAUGGGUGGAUGAUGCUACGUCUAAUACGAUGAUUUGCUUUUUCGGGGCUGUUACAA